GCCGACGAUAUGUUUUGGUAUUUUUAAUAAAAUAAAUUAGGUUUAAUGAAUUAAAAAAUACUACUUACCAAUCAGUUAAGAAUCUCACGUGUGGUUUGUACAUUAGUAUAAAUCACUAAGUUUAAAGUAAGACGUUAUGUACCUAAUGUAGAAUAGGAUUGCAUUUAUAUAGGUUUUGUGCGUUUUUACAACUAAUUAUCAAUCAGUAUUUUAACUAAGAUCUAUUUUAUAAUUAAAUAACUAUAAUAUCAAUACAAUGCGGUCAAAGAUAGUAAUCGGGUUAGUUUUACUGCUGUGUGUGUUUGCGGUUUUUGCCUUGGGACAGAUCUACCACCAGCUUGUGGCUGCCUAUGAAGAGGUUGGCACACUAUCGGAUUCUGAGUACUCAUGGUGUUUCAGAUUAUUGUUAAAUCUUAUUGGAUACUCCACAGUGCUAUUGCCCUGCUAUGUUUUGUAUAAGUAUUUGGAGAGGACUAAAUAUUUUGACAAGAUUACAAACCAGACGUGGGUCUCGCGCACGCUGUUCGCGUGUUUCCACGAGCAGGAGCGCUUGCCGGAGUCCGUCAAGCCGGCGAAGGGGGAGGAGAGCCCGCAGCGGGAAGGCCUCGAGCUGGCUUUCUGCUUUACCGGGCUCAUGGGCGCCUACCUGGUGUGGGGAUUGCUGCAAGAGAAGAUCAUGACACAGAACUACGAGAUGGCGGACGGCUCGCUGGUGCGGUUCCACGACUCGCAGUUCCUGGUGUUCAUCAACCGGCUGCUGGGCUUCGCCAUCGCGCUGGCGCGGCUGCUGUGCAGCGGCCAGCGCGUGCUGGCGGCGCCGCUCUACAAGUUCUCCUACUGCUCGCUCACCAACAUCGUCAGCGCCUGGUGCCAGUACGAGGCCCUGAAGUACGUCAGCUUUCCCACGCAGGUGCUGUCGAAGUCGUGCAAGGUGAUCCCGGUGAUGCUGAUGGGCAAGCUGAUCUCGCGCAACAAGUACGAGCCCUACGAGUACGGCACGGCGCUGCUCAUCUCCGUGGGCAUGAUGCUGUUCAUGUUCGGCAGCCACGACCAGCCGGCCGGUACGCAUGCGCUAAAAAAAUAUAGAAUGGAAGACCAAGCGUGGGGCGCGCCGGGCGCGGCGGGCGCGGCGCUGCUGGCGCUGUACCUGUGCUGCGACGGGUUCACGGCGGCGUGGCAGGGCGCGCUGUUCCGGCGCCACGCGCUGCGGCCGCUGCAGAUGCUGUGCGGCGUCAACCUGUGCUCGUGCGCGCUGGCCGCCGCCGCGCACACGCCGCCCGCGCCGCGCCUGCUGCAGCACCCCAUGUUCGUGACGGACUGCGCGCUGCUGUCCGUGAGCUCGGCGCUGGGCCAGCUGCUCAUCUACCGCACCAUCGCGCGCUUCGGCCCCGUCGUGUUCACCAUCAUCAUGACGCUGCGACAGGCGGUGUCGAUCCUGCUGUCGUGCGCGGUGUUCGGGCACGCCGUGUCGGGCGCGGGCGUGCUGGGCGUGCUGCUGGUGUUCGGCGCCGUGCUGCUGCGCGUGCGCUGCCGCCGCAAGCCGCAGCCGCAGCCCGCCUAGCCGCAACCGCAACCGCAGCCGCAGGCCGCCUAGCCGCGGGAGCCAUCCUCGAAGAGUGCGCCUAGCUGGCCUUCAUCGUAAGCUCCGGACUCGCUGGCUCCGUACAGAUGCCAAAUGCGACGUACAAGUGUCUCCAAAACUAAUAAUAACGUUUUUGGUAAUUUCAAGUUAUAGUUCCUCGGACACUCUUAUCACAGCUUCACACAGACAAAAACAAAGUAACCAAAGACUGUCCAGUGGUACUAAUAGAGCUCAGCGCUGUAACUUUCCAAUAAACUAAUAAUAUAAUUCUCUGCUAAACUUACUUGUGAAAUCGUGACGUUAGUCAUCUUUAUGAAAGAAAGAAAGAAUUUGUUUUUAUAUAUGGCAACACUGCACAUCGUAUUUAUUUAAUCUAAUCAUUAUAACAUUGCCAUUCGGUCUUCACAGUCAAAAACCACAAGUGGGUAGAGAUAGUAAUUUGAUGUUUGUAUUUGGUGCCUUGAGUUACACUUUCACGUAACGCACACAUUCCAAACUCCGUGACAUUUCUAGUGGCCUCUAAAAGAGUAGGAAACGUACACCUUUUUAAGGAACCAUUUCAACGACUUUCUUGCCUGCUUCUCUUCUUUAUAUAUUGGAUGUCUUUCUUUUUAAGCCCAGGCUUCAAGUUUUCACAGAUGCCACUGUAGCACUUAGCUAGGUACAUACAGACCGGAUUACUGAUGCGAGUAGGCAACCACUAGGUAGGUAGACUGAUAAUAAUGAUUUAAACUGAAAUUACCAAUACAUUGUCAAAGGCACAAAAUACAGAUAAUAUUAAAAUUAUUUUUUUGUUUAUAAAAUGUAUUUUAUCUAAGUUUUACUUUGAAAGCUGCUGUAGAGUUGUCAAUUGACUGUCGGAAUGCCUGACGUCAGUUAAAACCACCCGGCAGUCUGGUGUCAGAGGUUACUUUUUGGAAUUCAUACAGAUGUUUUUUUAAUUCAUACAGAUGUUAUUAAAUCAAUGUGGUUUGUCUGUUGAGUAAAUCAGAGGGGAUGAAAAAAAAGAAUUGUGUGGUUAUUACGACAUUGAGUGUUUUAAGGUUGACAAUAAAUGUUUCAGAAUCUUUAGUAAAAUAUUUAAAGCAUGGGAGUAGAUGCAACCUAUUAUAUUUUCCUAUUCAAUAUAUUAUUUAUAUUUUGUCUCAUAAUCGAACGCACAGUCGUAUUAAAUGUUAAACCUAGUACUAAACCUAAGCACAAGGUUUGCUCGCUUGCAAUCCAGGAAUCUUUUUCAAGUAUGGAAAUACUUGAACAUCGCAGUAAAGUAGAUCUUAUUCAUCUUAAUA